AUGCACAAGAUCUCCAACUUUACGGGCCAGGCCCGUCAUGGUUGGGAGCGAAUGACCCCGACCUUUGGCAUGUCCAGACCUCACACCGACAUGGCUUCCCACUCUCUUCGGCGACCCCACGGCGCUCCUCCUAUGACUCCCCCGACUGGAAUCGAUCCUACCGUGAACCUGUCUUUCAAUGUUCCUUUCUCCUCCACCCUCGCCGGUCCCGACAUUGACGACGUGCUUCAUGCGAGUCCAGGCGCUCUGCAGCGCUGGUUCUUUCCCGAAGGAACCCCCGAAGGUACUCCGGUCCACAACCUGCCUGUUCACGCCAGCAACGUCGAAUCCCUGCGCCGACUAUGUCGUCAGAUUACAGAGUCCAGUAACGGUAGGGUUGAGGCGGCCGUCACGUCUUCAGAGCCCAAGGCGGUGCCGUCGUUACAGCGACGGCCCCAAGGUUUGGUGACCAAUGUCUGCAUCACGGGUGACGGAGAAACGGUGCGCAAGAUGCGCGCACGGGUCCUUAAUGAGACACCCAUUUUACUGCGAUGUGCGACCGUUGACGUGGAUAUGCAUCUGAUGAUGGAUGGAUCGACCAAAGGCAUCCGAGCGAGUGUACUGGAGCACCUUGAUACCCUGGCCGCCUACACGGGUACCGAUAUCUUCUUGUUGAGCCCGAAAUUCCGCGACACGGAUAGUACUGUCGCGUCGUCCUAUGGUUACGCUUCGGACAAUGGGUUGGAUCAUCGUUUCCGGGUGUCCAUCUACGGCGACAUGGAGAGUGCGGAACAUGCUAAGACUAGAGUCUUGAUCAUGAUUGACCAGAUCCUUAAACGUCAUGUGGAUGCCAUGAGACUGGAGUUGACCAUGCACACCUUGGUCUGUGGUCGGACGCGGAAAAAUAUCAAGCUCAUCGAAGCGGCCACUGGCACUGCGAUCUAUUUCCCUCCGCCCUUCCCCCGGAUCUUCGGCUACACCCCUCCAGGUGCCCGCCGCCGUAGCGAGGAUGAGGUGUAUAUCACAGGUGAUACCCAGGAACAAAUAGCCAGAGCCAAGCAGAAGCUGCGGGAGUUGGUGAUGGGCGUUAAGAUCUACGUCAAGGAUGUCGUUGUCAAUUCGAACAAGAUUGACAAUAUCCUGCUCGAUCGACUGGACAAGGUCCGCAAGGUGAUGGAAAUGAACGGUUCCUACGUUCUGUUCCCGCAACUCGGCAGCCAACGGGGUCUUGUUCGGAUUCAAGGCACGGAGGUUCUUCACGUCGAGCGCACCGUGCGGGAAAUCAUGGCUUUGGCUGGCCAGUUUUACAGUGCAUCCUGGUGGAUCAUCAUGCCCGAUCCCUCUCAAGGCGGCUUCCGCGCCCCUUCUGCCGCCGACAUCCGCACCAUGCUGUCCGACAUUUGUACCAACUCGGGUGCCGAGGUGAGCUUCGACAAUCUCACGUUCACCAUCAACGGGUCGGAUGACGCCGUGAAAUCCGCUAUGAUGGUCGUCAACCAAAUUCCAUUCGUGAAACGAAGCCAAUAUCAGAUGCGUGUAAAGAUUGAGCUUGCAAAUGAGCACAAGGAGUUUGUUAGUGGCAAAAAGAAUGGCAAGAUCAACAAGAUCAUGGGACAAAGCAACGUCCAAAUCAUCUUCGACGGCUUCAACGAAUACAACUUCUACAUUGAUGUCUGCGGCAAUCAGUACGAGUCUACGAAGAACGGCCUUGAUCUUGUGGAGCAGGAGAUGCCCGCCUCUAUCUCCUUCCAUGUUCCCGAUCAAUACCACAAACGGAUCAUUGGAAUUGGGGGUCAGCACAUCCAGCGCAUCAUGAAGAAAUAUUCCGUCUUCGUCAAGUUCUCCAAUGCGAUGGAUCGCGGCGGCAUGGGCAAGGAAGAUGAUGACAUCAAGGUCGACAAUGUCAUCUGUCGGACUCCAGCUCGCAAUGCUCAGAGCCUCGACCUAGUGAAGCAGGAGAUCAUGGACAUGGUUGAGAAAGUUGAUGCCGAGUAUGUUUCCGAGCGUGUCGUUAUCAAUCGCUUGUAUCACCGUGAGCUGCUCGCUCGCAUUACGGAGAUUGACGAGCUGGAGAAGAAGUGGAAUUGCAAGAUUGAGUUCCCAAGCACCGAGCUCGCGAGCGAUGUUGUGACUAUCUCUGGGCCGGAGUACCAGGUUCCUCAGGCUGUCGAUGCCUUGCUGGGAAUGGUUCCUGAGAGUCACGAACUUCUUUUCCACAGCUCUCACGAGCUGCGCGACUUCUUCAAGUCCGUCGAGUUCCGCGACGAUGUUUGCUGUAAACUCAAAGAGCAAUAUGAAGUCGAUACUUCGGUAGAUAGCAAUCCCGAAACCCCAGUCUCCUCGGAGGGUGGGUCUGCAUCGCCGACAUUUGCUCCCGAGGACCGGGUUGUGCUCGGAUACACGCGGAACAAUGCCGGAGGGCUCAAGGAUGCGAUUGACUUCUUGAUCUCUCGACUUGUUGCGCAUGGUCUCGACGCGACCACGGUCAAGGGCGCCAUUCCACGCCCAAAGUCCGACUCAUUUGAAGAGUCUCUUCCCUUCUUCGAUUCGAAGCUUCUGCAGCAUGCUCCGGCUCCAAUUGUCACCGACUCUCCGACACGGCCCAACUUUUCCGAUGAAACGAGCGAGCGUGGAUCGAUCUUCGAGAGGCUCCGGAAGCCCGGCAGCAUUUCAUCUUUCUCCUCAUUCAUCGGCCGCAAGAAUCAUUCUGCCUCACCGGCCUCAUUUUUCAAACAUGCGUCCAGCAACGCCUCGAAGGCGUCUCUUGUCUCCAUGGAGUCUCGGGAUAGUGGUUAUCGCAAUCCCUGGAAUGAUUCGGGCGUGAAUCUUCCCGAGGACGAUUUACCCGUUCUGGGAGGCUCCCACAGCCACAGCCACAGUGGUAGCAAUGGGUGGCCAGCCCGUUUUGAUACGAAAUUUCCAUUCGGUACCGCGCCGGGCGACAUGACGCCCAAGCAUGACGUCCGCGCAUCUUUUGACAGUGGUCGUCCUAGCACUUCCAAUUCUACUUCUGGAUACCCGGCUCCUAUUGGGCCACCGCGUUAA